UGUAACAGAACAAAACGUGGUAAAAAGUCUGAAAACCUUCUGAAUACGCUGUCUCUUCCUCUAUCUGGUUUACUAGAACACACAGAAACACAGCGUUUACCCCAUAAUGACAUCACAAUACCCCCAUAAUGACAUCACAAUACCCCAUGUUGAUGUUGAGGUGGUGCUGGAAAAGGAUGAACACGGAGACAUUUUGAAGCUUCCGUUUAAGGGUAGUGUUUCUGAGACGAGCCAUUGAGAGCUGUCCGUCCGUCUGUCUAAAAACAGUAACACCUGACUAUAAAUAGCCACCAAGGGGGUUUCCUGUUGUGGCCCAACAGCACCAGUGAUUGUGUAAUCACUGCUACGCAUUAAAUAUUAAGCAAGCGGCUGCAGAGAGUAGCAGAGCAACAGACCAUAAUACUGUAGCAAGAGGCACCUAUCAAAGAUCCAGUGAUCAAGGAGAGAUCAAUCUGUUUCCAUGGCGUCUGAGCAGCAAAAGGGUGAUGAGCCCUCUCUCCCCAGGGAAGAGGCUGUGUGCCCGGGCUGUCAGGGAGCAGGGCCCCUGGUCCUGCCGUGUGGCCACAGCCUGUGUGAGGCCUGCCUGGGGCUGUGUGAGGGCGAGCUAGGCCAGGGGGGCUGUACGAUCUGCUAUGGCAGAGACCUGCUGGACUGCGUCCUGAAGAGACUGCUGGACUCCCUAUUCCAAGGGCAGCCGCGGCGGGCCAGGGAUGGAGGGGUAGAGGACGGGGACAGGGAGCUGUGUCCUCUGCAUGGGGAGAGGCUGACAUUGUAUUGUGUGGAGGACAAGGAGAUGGUGUGUGUGGCGUGUCAGAGCGAGGAGCACGACGACCACGAGUGUUGUCCCACGGAGGAGGCUGUGCACGACUGCAAGAGGGAGCUGACGUCUGCCCUGAGACCUCUACAAGAGAAGCUGGAGGCUCUGAACACUGUCAAGCAGACCUGUGAGGAGUCAGCUGAACACAUCAAGAGCCAGGCACAGCAGACCGAGCGCCUGGUCCAGCAGCAGUUUGAGAAACUGCACCGGUUCCUCCGAGACGAGGAAGCUGCUGUGAUCUCUGCUCUGAAGGAAGAGGAGCAGGAGAAGACCCAGGGGAUGAGGGACAGGAUAGACAGAACAACAGACCAGAUCAACUCUCUAGCUGAGGCCAUUGAGGUGACGGUGGAGGCCAUGGACACUGGUGAUGACAUAACCUUCCUCAAGAACUUCAAGAGGACCUCUGAGAGGACUCAGGUGACAGUACAGGAGCCAGAUGAGGUGACAGGAGCUCUGCUGGACGUGGCCAAACACCUGGGCUGUCUCAACUACAGAGUCUGGGAGAGGAUGCAGGACUUCAUUACAUACACUCCUGUGACUCUGGACCCCAACACGGCUAAUGUCUGCCUGUCUCUGUCUGAUGAUCUGACCAGCCUGCGGUACACAGAGGAGGAGGAGCGACUCCCUGACAACCCAGAGAGGUUCUGUUACUAUGAGUGUGUCCUGGGUUCCGAGGGCUUCAACUCCGGACGACACACCUGGGACGUGGAGGUGGGCGUGAACAGCGAGUGGGCCGUGGGCGUGGCACGGGAGACGGUCUCGAGGAAGGAGUGGUUCCCCCCGAGCCCAGAGAGGGGCCUGUGGACCAUCUGCUACUAUGGAGGUGAAUACCGCGCCCGCACGGCCACCGCCACCCCCCUGGUCCUGAAGAGAAGGCCCCAGGAGGUCAGAGUGCAGCUGGACUGGGACAGAGGCAGGGUGAUCUUCUCCGACGCCUCAGACAACACGCUCAUCUACAAGUUCCAACACAAGUUCACCCAGAGAGUGUUCCCUUACUUCUCCAACACCUGCAAGAGGCACCCUCUGAGGAUCUCAGCCGGGAAGGUGUCAGUUACAGCGGAGUAGCUUGGUUCAUUCAUUAAAAGCUGAUUUGGUAAACCUAUAGUUAAGGGACAUUAAAAAGCUGUUGCUGCAGAACAGGUUAAAACAUUAGCUUCAAGGUGGAUGCACCUUUACUGCAGCAAAGGCAUUGUUUAUGCAGCUACAUGACUGUUUUCUGUCUCUCUGGGUUCUAAAUCUAAAUAGAUAAUUACUGACUCUCUCUGUGUUCUAAUCUAAAUAGAUAAUUACUGACUCUCUCUGU